ACGCAGAGAGCAGCUCGUUUGAUCACACACCUAGCUCUUUAUACAAAGCAGCGCGUGUUUGCUCAUGAGGUGUGAGAGUAUAAUGCGUUGGUGGUGACGCGAAGACGAGGCGCUCAAGUGCACGGCUGGCCGAUCAGAGGGAGGUUUUAGUCACGAAAUUCACCUUUUCAAAUCGUCUGCCACUCUUCUUUGUACGGAAAAAUCAUGAUUGUUGUGCGCAGAAGAAAUUUCUUGUUUUUUCUCAUCGCUCUGGUAGUGAUUUGUGCUACUUUUUCUUUCCUCUCGAGCAACAAUGCCAGAUACCCACCAGACAUGAUGAUUUCAAACAAUUUUUACCAGCAGUACUUGAAACAAUGCAAGCCUCAGGAUCACAUUUUCUUUCUGAAGACUCAUAAAUGCGGGAGCUCCACUGUACAGAAUAUUUUAAUGAGGCGUGGUCUGCGUAAUGGACUGAAUUUUGUUCUGCCCGAAAAAGCAAACUAUCUGGGACAUCCUGAUAGGUUUCAUGUCUCUCAAAUCGGCAAAGACUUGAUGGACAAUUACGAGCACUUUGACAUUUUUGCGCACCACUCGCGUUUUGACCCUGAAUCCGUACGGAAGGUGAUGCCCCCGGACACUAAGCGGGUCACAAUUUUGCGAGAACCGUCGUCUCUUUUUGAAUCGCUCUACCAUUACUACUCGCUGCAGCAAGUUUUCAAAAACGAAUCCCUUGAUUUGGGCACAUUAAUGAAAAUCGAAUUGGAGCAAAUCAUCGAAAUGUUCAGCAACGCUCCCCGACUGGCGUACAGGAUCGGCGUCAACCAGAUGGCAUUUGAUCUAGGAUUUUCAAGAAGUAAUUUCAAUGAUGACGAAAAAAUCGCGGAGUUGAUUGAAAUGAUCGAGGCGGAAUUUGAUUUGAUCCUAAUUUCUGAGUUUAUGGAGGCGUCGAUGGUGCUCCUGGCCGACUUAAUGUGCUGGCCCCUGGAAGACUUGACCUUUCUCACCCUAAACGCGCGUCCAACCGGAUUGCACCACACGCCUUUAUCGGCGGACGACAAAGUCAAGAUAAGAACGCUCAAUAAAGUCGACACCGUCAUAUACGACCACUUCAGAGAAAAAUUUAAAACGCGCGUGGUGGAAUAUGGGGCCGAUCGGAUGAUGGAAGACGUGGCACGAUUGGCGAAAAUGAACAACGACAUGAUGCACGAGUGCGUGGCCAACAUCAUUGAGCCCAAAGCAAACGCCUCGGCGCUCAAAUACUACCCUGUCAACCGAUAUGAAUUGUACAACGAUCCACCCAUGCACUGCAGGGAAUUGACAAUCUCCGAGCUGAAGUUCACCGACUUCUUGAGAAACAACCAGAGAAGCAAAUUUGGAGCCAAGUUGAAGCUAGACGUGUUUCUGCACACGUGAAAUAUAAAGAAGCAGAAAAAGACCCUUGACGUCGUCUGGUGCAUGUACUAGACAAUAAGAUUUUGCGCUAUAAGCUCUCGCGAAACGGGAACAAGAAAAAAAUAAUGCCAGGAGAGUUGCACAAUAGUGUAGACAACUGCCGGCUCUAUUAUGUGCACAUAGGGAAGUUUGCGCUUGGAAUUAAAAAUAAAACGCAGAAGCUCUUUUCUCAUUUGAAAAGUAAAUCAGGCGCGCCGUAGCGCAGACACAUUCGGUGCAAAUGCAGCUCUUUUUUCACACGUUACGAUAUAAAACUUCCGCUGUAUGAUAUGUGAAAAGUUGUUUUAUAAUGAAACUCUCAUAGGACUUUAAAGUGCUGAUAAUUGUGUUAUGCUGUUUGUCUAAAAUGUAAAUCGAUUUCGUCAACAUUUUAAUUUAUGGUUACCUAAAUGAAAUUUCACUUUCACUCAUUGUUUACUGAAUAAUGAUAAAAUGCUAUAUUAGAAACUAAAUGUGAACGGAAUUUAUUUUGGGUGAAAAAAAUUUCUCUUAUUUGCUCUCAUUGUAGUCCUUUAGAUUUUACUUAAUAUUUUUUAAUUAAUAGAAAAUGAAAUUGAUUUAUUUUUAGAAGCAAUAGUGUGUUUAAAAAUGUGCGUUUUGGACUGAUUUUCUCAAAAGGUUAUGAAUGAGAAUGAGAAAUAACUAAUACUUAACAAUAAAGUGUAUUUUUAAAUUAUCUAUUGCGUUUUGUAGUAGAAGUUCACGAUCGAGAGUUGAUUCAUGGUGAUUUGAAUUUAAAUUCAGCUUUUCAUCGAUGGGUUUGUGUGAGUUUUUAUUGUUUAAGAAAAAACAAUAUGACAUGUAGAGCAGGAUAUUGUUUUUUCUUAAACAAUAAAAACUCACAAAAACCCAUCGAGGGAAAAAGCAGAAUUUAAAUUCAAAUCACCAUAUCUAUUGUAUUGUUUCUAAUCAAAUAAGAAAUCUAAUAAAAAUUUGUAUAUUUUUUAA